UGCACCGGGAGUUUAUUUAUUUUUUAACCGAAAGUGAAGUGCAGCCGGAGGAAGCCAAGGCUGCUAGGCUACCGGUGCUUAGCUGCUGAAGUCUGGAGCAGCUUUUGCAUUUUUCUGACCUGACUAUUAACGGGUUCACGGAAUAGGAGGACCCUCCUGUCAGUCCACCAUGGCGGACAUCAAGAACUUCCUGUACGCCUGGUGUGGGAAAAAGAAGCUGACUCCAAACUACGACAUCCGAGCAGCGGGCAACAAAAACAGGCAGAAGUUUAUGUGUGAGGUCCGAGUCGAUGGCUUCAACUACAUUGGGAUGGGAAACUCCACCAAUAAGAAGGACGCGCAGACCAACGCCGCCCGCGACUUUGUCAACUAUCUGGUCCGAAUAGGAGAGAUGAACGCAGCAGAGGUCCCGGCCAUCGGGGUGAGCACUCCCAUCGCAGAUCAACCUGAUGCAGCUGGAGAUGCUGGCUUUGGAAACCUCCCUUCUAGCGGUCCUCUACCACCUCACCUGGUAGUGAAAGCUGAGCAAGGGGACGGCAGCGUCAGUGGGCCGGUUCCAGGAGUGACCGGACUGGGUUACGCAGGAGGAGGAAACUCCGGUUGGGGCAGAGGAGGAAGUGACGGAGGAGCUCAGUGGGACCGAGGAGCCAACCUGAAGGAGUAUUACGCCAAGAGAGACGAACAGGAAGCGCAGGCGACUCUGGAGUCGGAGGAAGUGGAUCUGAACGCUAACCUUCACGGAAACUGGACUCUGGAGAACGCCAAGGCCCGUCUGAACCAGUUCUUCCAGAAGGAGAAAACCAGUGCUGAGUAUAAAUACAGCCAAGUGGGACCGGACCACAACAGGAGCUUCAUAGCAGAGAUGCAGCUUUUUGUGAAGCAGCUUGGCAGAAGGAUCACGGCUCGAGAGCACGGCUCCAACAAGAAGCUGGCGGCUCAAUCGUGCGCUCUGUCUCUGGUCCGACAGCUGUAUCACCUGGGAGUCAUCGAGGCGUACUCCGGGGUCACCAAGAAGAAGGAGGGAGAAACUUUGGAGGCGUUUGAGGUCAACGUGUCUCCAGACCUGCAGCAGCAGCUGGCCUCUGUGGUCCAGGAGCUCGGAGUCAGUGUCCCCCCACCGCCUGCAGACCCCAGCAGCCCGGUGUCUCUGGCUCAGGGGAAGCUGGCGUACUUCGAGCCGUCACAGAGGCAGACCGGAGCCGGAGUCGUCCCCUGGUCGCCUCCUCAGGUCAACUGGAACCCCUGGACCAGCAGCAACAUCGACGAGGGGCCGCUGGCCUACUGCACUCCAGAGCAGAUCAGCGGCGACCUGCACGACGAGCUGAAGUACCAGCUGGAGCAUGAUGAAAACCUGCAGAAGAUCCUGAUGGAACGCGAGCAGCUGCCCGUCAAACAGUUUGAGGAGGAGAUCAUGGCGGCCAUCGACAAAAGCCCUGUGGUGAUCAUCAGAGGAGCGACGGGCUGCGGUAAAACCACUCAGGUUCCUCAGUACAUCCUGGACCGCUUCAUCAAGGGGGGCCGAGCAUCGGACUGCAACAUCGUGGUCACCCAGCCCAGACGGAUCAGCGCCGUGUCCGUGGCUGAGAGGGUCGCCUUUGAGAGAGCAGAGGAUCUUGGGAAAAGCUGUGGCUACAGCGUCCGAUUUGAGUCCGUCCUCCCUCGACCCCACGCCAGUGUCCUCUUCUGCACCGUCGGUGUUCUUCUGCGGAAGCUGGAAGCAGGAAUCAGAGGCAUCAGUCACGUCAUCGUUGAUGAGAUCCACGAGAGAGACAUCAACACGGACUUCCUCAUGGUGGUCCUCAGAGACGUGGUCCAGGCCUACCCGGACGUGCGCAUCAUCCUCAUGUCGGCCACCAUCGACACCACCAUGUUCAGAGAGUACUUCUUCAGCUGCCCCGUCAUUGAGGUGUUUGGUCGCACCUUCCCCGUCCAAGAGUAUUUCCUGGAGGACUGCAUCCAGAUGACAAAGUUUGUGCCUCCACCGAUGGACCGAAAGAAGAAAGACAAAGACGAGGAGGGAGGAGACGACGACACUAACUGUAAUGUGAUCUGCGGGCCGGAGUAUACGCCGGAGACGAAGCAUUCGAUGGCUCAGAUCAAUGAGAAGGAAACGUCCUUCGAGCUGGUGGAGGCGCUUCUGAAGUACAUCGAGACGCUGCAGGUGGCCGGCGCCGUGCUCGUCUUCCUCCCCGGCUGGAACCUCAUCUACUCCAUGCAGAGACACCUGGAGAGCAACCCACACUUCGGAAGCAACCGGUACCGAAUCCUGCCGCUGCACUCUCAGAUACCUCGAGAAGAGCAGAGGAGGGUGUUUGAACCAGUUCCUGAUGACAUCAGAAAGGUGAUCCUGUCCACCAACAUCGCCGAGACGAGCAUCACCAUCAACGAUGUCGUCUACGUCGUCGACUCCUGCAAGCAGAAAGUGAAGCUGUUCACCUCCCACAACAAUAUGACCAACUACGCCACCGUCUGGGCCUCCAAGACCAACCUGGAGCAGAGGAAAGGUCGAGCCGGCAGAGUCCGACCGGGGUUCUGCUUCCACCUCUGCAGCCGCGCUCGAUUCGACAAGUUGGAGACUCACAUGACUCCAGAGAUCUUCAGAACUCCGCUGCAUGAAAUUGCCCUGAGCAUCAAACUGCUGAGACUCGGAGGCAUCGGCCACUUCCUGUCUAAGGCCAUCGAGCCACCGCCGCUGGACGCCGUCAUCGAGGCCGAACACACCUUGAAAGAGCUGGACGCCCUGGACUCCAACGACGAGCUGACCCCUCUGGGGCGGAUUCUGGCUCGGCUGCCCAUCGAACCUCGGCUGGGGAAGAUGAUGAUCAUGGGCUGCAUCUUCCACGUCGGCGAUGCGAUGUGCACCAUCUCGGCCGCCACCUGUUUCCCAGAGCCUUUCAUCAGCGAGGGGAAGCGUCUCGGCUUCGUGCACAGAAACUUUGCUGGCAGUCGUUUCUCGGAUCACGUGGCGCUGCUGUCCGUGUUCCAGGCCUGGGACGACGUCAGGAUUAACGGAGAGGAGGCGGAGAGUCGCUUCUGUGACCACAAACGUCUCAACAUGUCGACUCUGAGGAUGACCUGGGAGGCCAAAGUCCAGCUGAAGGAGAUCCUGGUGAACUCUGGAUUUCCUGAAGAGUGUCUCAUGACGCAGAUGUUCAACACGGUGGGGCCGGACAACAACCUGGACGUGGUGGUCUCUCUGCUCACCUUCGGCUCGUACCCCAACGUCUGCUACCACAAAGAGAAGAGGAAGAUCCUGACCACCGAGGGGCGCAACGCCCUCAUCCACAAAUCCUCCGUCAACUGUCCCUUCAGCAGCCACGACAUGAUCUACCCGUCGCCAUUCUUCGUCUUCGGCGAGAAGAUCCGAACCAGAGCGAUCUCGGCCAAAGGGAUGACUCUGGUCAGUCCUCUGCAGCUGCUGCUGUUCGCCUGCAAGAAGGUGACCUCUAACGGAGAGAUCGUGGAGCUCGACGACUGGAUCAAACUGAAGAUUGCUCACGAGGUGGCGGGGAGCAUCCUGGCUCUGCGGGCCGCCCUGGAGGCGGUGGUGGUGGAGGUGACCAAAGACCCGGAGUACAUCAGACAGAUGGACCAAACCAACGAGCGGCUCCUGAACGUCAUCAGACACGUCUCCAAACCGUCGGCGGCCGGGCUCAACAUGAUGGCCAACAACCAGAGGAUGGGAGACGGUCCACGACCUCCGAAGAUGCCGCGUUUUGAUGGAGGAGGCGGCGGCAGAGGUUACCAAGGAGGAGGAGGCUACAGGGGAGGAGGAGGAGGAGGGGGAUACAGAGGAGGUGGAGGAUAUGGAGGAGGAGGAGGAGGGGGAUACAGAGGAGGUGGCGGAGGAUACAUGGGUGGUGGAGGAUAUGGAGGAGGAGGAGGAUACAGGGGUGGUGGAGGAUAUGGAGGAUACAGAGGUGGUGGUGGUUAUGGUGGUGGAGGAGGUGGUUAUAGGGGAGGCGGAGGAGGAGGUGGUUAUAGAGGAGGAGGCAGCAGUUAUGGAGGAGGUGGAGGAUACAGAGGUGGAUACUAAGGUGAAAAAUCAGUCAUCUCGUGUCUUCUUCUUCUUCUUCUUUAGUUUAUUGAGUAAAAGAUUAAUGUGAAAUUGACCGUUGCAGUUAAAACGAUGUUUGACUGGAACCUGCUGAUGUUUGUUUUUAUGGUCUGUAAAUGAAAACGUCCCCAAUAAAUCUGUCAUGUUCCCUCAU